CUCCCCUUCCGGCGGAGGCGGCUAGCGGGCCUUCCUUGCGCGGCGACGCAGGGUGUGACGUCAUGCCCCGAGCUGGGACCGCCCCUCCGGCUCCACGCCCUUUUUUUAGGUCCAGGGCGUUGAGCUCUACUCAGUGCACGCACCCACACGAUAUGCUCUUGGACGUCUCUACCUGGAGGAGAUGUUAUCUCCCGCCUCCUUGAAGGCGCCCAUUUCUGGGGUUGCCCCAUCCAGGGAGCUGGUUCCUAGUUAAGAAUAUGAGAAUGUAUGAGCAGGGAGGCAGGCAACAGCACGAACAGCCACGCUUCUAGAAGAUUCUAGGGAGCGCGCAGGAGCAGCGCAGAGGGAGUGGGAAUAAGCAGGCGGAGGACCCGAGGUCACGAGACCGUUGGGUGGGAGGAGCCAGUGGCCGGGGAGGUUCUAGUCUGUUCUGUCUCGCGGCAGCCGCCCCCUUCUGCGCGGUCACGCCAAGCCAGCGCUUGGGCCUGGAACCGGGCCGUAGCCCCCCAGUUUCGCCCACCACCUCUCUACCAUGGACCCCCGCAAAGUGAACGAACUUCGGGCCUUUGUGAAAAUGUGUAAGCAGGAUCCGAGCGUUCUGCACACCGAGGAAAUGCGCUUCCUGAGGGAGUGGGUGGAGAGCAUGGGAGGUAAAGUACCACCUGCUACUCAGAAAGCUAAAUCAGAAGAAAAUACCAAGGAAGAAAAACCUGAUAGUAAGAAGGUGGAGGAAGACUUAAAGGCAGACGAACCAUCCAGUGAGGAAAGUGAUCUAGAAAUUGAUAAAGAAGGUGUGAUUGAACCAGACACUGAUGCUCCUCAAGAAAUGGGAGAUGAAAAUGCAGAGAUAACGGAGGAGAUGAUGGAUCAGGCAAAUGAUAAAAAAGUGGCUGCUAUUGAAGCCCUAAAUGAUGGUGAACUCCAGAAAGCCAUUGACUUAUUCACAGAUGCCAUCAAGCUGAAUCCUCGCUUGGCCAUUUUGUAUGCCAAGAGGGCCAGUGUCUUCGUCAAAUUACAGAAGCCAAAUGCUGCCAUCCGAGACUGUGACAGAGCCAUUGAAAUAAAUCCUGAUUCAGCUCAGCCUUACAAGUGGCGGGGGAAAGCACACAGACUUCUAGGCCACUGGGAAGAAGCAGCCCAUGAUCUUGCCCUUGCCUGUAAAUUGGAUUAUGAUGAAGAUGCUAGUGCAAUGCUGAAAGAAGUUCAACCUAGGGCACAGAAAAUUGCAGAACAUCGGAGAAAGUAUGAGCGAAAACGUGAAGAGCGAGAGAUCAAAGAAAGAAUAGAACGAGUUAAGAAGGCUCGAGAAGAGCAUGAGAGAGCACAGAGGGAGGAAGAAGCCAGACGACAGUCAGGAGCUCAGUAUGGCUCUUUUCCAGGUGGCUUUCCUGGGGGAAUGCCUGGUAAUUUGCCCGGAGGAAUGCCUGGAAUGGGAGGGGGCAUGCCUGGAAUGGCCGGAAUGCCUGGACUCAAUGAAAUUCUUAGUGAUCCAGAGGUUCUUGCAGCCAUGCAGGAUCCAGAAGUUAUGGUGGCUUUCCAGGAUGUGGCUCAGAACCCAGCAAAUAUGUCAAAAUACCAGAGCAACCCAAAGGUUAUGAAUCUCAUCAGUAAAUUGUCAGCCAAAUUUGGAGGUCAAGCGUAAUGCCCUUCUGAUAAAUAAAGCCCUUGCUGAAGGAAAAGCAACCUAGAUCACCUUAUGGAUGUCGCAAUAAUACAAACCAGUGUACCUCUGACCUUCUCAUCAAGAGAGCUGGGGUGCUUUGAAGAUAAUCCCUACCCCUCUCCCCCAAAUGCAGCUGAAGCAUUUUACAGUGGUUUGCCAUUAGGGUAUUCAUUCAGAUAAUGUUUUCCUACUAGGAAUUACAAACUUUAAACACUUUUUAAAUCUUCAAAAUAUUUAAAACAAAUUUAAAGGGUCUGUUAAUUCUUAUAUUUUUCUUUACUAAUCAUUUUGGAUUUUUUUUCUUUGAAUUAUUGGGCAGGGAAUAUACUUAUGUAUGGAAGAUUACUGCUCUGAGUGAAAUAAAAGUUAUUAGUGUGAGGCAAACAUAA